AUGUCGCAGCCUUUUCUGAUGCUGGUGAAUGGGACCAGUCUGUGCUCAGGCAGACUGGAGGUGAAGACUAACCAGUCUACCCAACGCUGGUCCUCAGUGUGUGAAGAUGAUUUUGACCAGCAGGAUGCAAAGGUGGUCUGUAGGGAGCUUGGCUGUGGGGCUCCUUCAAUCCUCCAGGGGGCGCUCUAUGGAGAAGUGGAGGCUCCAAUGGGGACCAAAGAGUUCCAGUGUGGAGGCCAUGAGUCUUCUCUCCUGGACUACUCUGUCAGGCUGGUGAAUGGGACCAGUCUGUGCUCAGGCAGACUGGAGGUGAACACUAACCAGUCUACCCAGCGCUGGUCCUCAGUGUGUGAAGCUGACUUUGACCAGCAGGAUGCAGAGGUGGUCUGUAGGGAGCAUGGCUGUGGGCCUCCUUCAGUCCUCCAGGGGGCGCUCUAUGGAGAAGUGGAGCCUCCAAUGAGGACAAAAGAGUUCCAGUGUGGAGGCCAUGAGUCUGGUCUCCUGGACUGUAGAAGCUCAGGCUCAGAUAGAAACACCUGCUCACCUGGAAAAGCUGUUGGACUCACCUGCUCAGAACCUGAUGCUGUCAGGUUGGUGGGAGGAGCCAGUCGCUGUGCAGGAACACUGGAGCUGAAACAUCAGGGAGAAUGGAGAGCCGUGACGUAUCAUCAUACUGGCUGGAACCGGAAGACAUCAGCUGCUGCCUGCAGAGAGUUAGGCUGUGGCUCUGCUGUUUUUGUAGGAAAGAGAUAUGAGUCCUCACAAAGACCUGUGUGGGAGAUCAACUCUUUCUGUGUUAGGUCUGGAUAUGCUCUGAGGGAGUGUGCAACAUCAUAUUACUCUGCCUUCAUCCUGACUCUCACCUGCUCAGAAUCCUACACAGUGAAGGCUCAGCGGGGUGGCAAGGGAGCGGGCUGCUGCUCGGUACAGCUGCUGAUGAUGGUGGCAGAGAGAAGAGACCUGGAAGGGAUCCCACCACAGAGUCCUCUGUCUCUGGUGAUGUGCCCCAAAGGUCAAGCGGACUGA